UUUUUUUUUACACAAUUUUCAUUGGAUUUUAUCUGCGCUCAUUAUUGAUAUUGCUUUUUUUUAUCAAUCACUAAUAAUCUAUCCCGACAAGUUUUCGUCAAAUUGUUUGUGUAGAGAGACUUUCUCCUAAUUGCCAAGUUGUUCUGCUUAGUACUAAUUUGUUUAUUUUUCUACUACAAGUGGACAAUUUGCCAGAUUCUUUCUGAUUAUGAAAUUAAUUUAAUUUCAAAUUUUCUUUUUUGAAAAAUGAAAAAGAAAAAGAAAAAGAAAGAAGAAGAUGUUUACUCUUUAUCCGGUUGUGGGUUCAAACUUAAAAAAAGAAAAAAAGACAGUUUUCUAAAACCUUAGAAAGUGUGUGUGUGUGUGUGUGUGUUUCUGUUAUUCUGUUUCAUUGGUUGUAGGAGUGCAUGUCUCAAGUGGGAGAUCCGGCCAUUAAGCUUCUCGGUAGUAAUAUUCCGUUGACUGACUCUCAGAUUCCGUCAGUUUCUCUUCAACACUCCGACUCUGACUGUCACACUCCGUCAAUUCCUCCACUCAUGUAUGAAUGUGAAGCAACAACGAAGGCAGAAGUGGAUGAGCAUCUCAUUGAAAUGCCUUGCAAGGGGGAUAUUCCUUCUGGUUUAGAUAAUCAAGAAGAUAUCAAGUGCCAAAAUCAUCCACUGGAGAAUGAGGCCAAUGUUGAUAAAAAAUCUGAGGAAGACCAAGUUACUAACAGUGAAAUUGGUGAGCAAGAGAAGGUUUUAAAGAGGCCAAACAAGAUCCUCCCUUGUCCUCGUUGCAAUAGCUUGGAGACGAAGUUUUGCUACUUCAAUAAUUAUAAUGUAAACCAACCUAGAUACUUUUGCAGGAAAUGCCAGAGAUAUUGGACAGCUGGGGGAACAAUUAGAAAUGUUCCUGUUGGGGCUGGAAGGCGCAAGAAUAAGCAUUCAUCUUCACAGUGCCAUCAGGUAGUGGUGCCCCCUAAUGUAGUAUCAGUCACCAGAGCAGACACCCUUACCUCUGCCAGCAGUCAGCAUCAUUCAUGUACAGGACUUCCUUCCUUCUCAAAGGGAACCGGGGAAAUCCUAAAGUUUAGCAAAGAUGCUCCUCUAUGUGAAUCCAUGGCAAAUGUGCUUAAUCUCAAAGAGCAGAAGGGAAGUGUUGAAAUUGGGUCUUCAGUUGUUGAGGAUAAUAGUGAGGAGCCCUUAUCAUCUGGCUCUUCCUUGGCAGCUGUUACUUCUGAGGAAAGUGAAUUUUCAAUAAAGGAAUUCAAGCCAGAUGGUUUGCCUGGACAUUGCAGAAAUUUCAAUCCAAUGCAUACACCGCAGUGUUACCCUGUUCCCCAAUGGGCUUACCAUUGGAACCAAGGUUGGCAUACAAUGAUGUUUGGACUCAAUAACUGUAUCUCUAAUAGUACUCAUAUGAGUUCUACACCUGUGGUGCCAGUUCCUGGCUUUUCUGCACCAAGUAUUACAUUCCCAUUUCUACCUGCCUCAUACUGGGGUUGCAUUCCAAGCUGGGAUACCAGGAAUUGGAAUACACCAUUAUUUGGAUCUACUGGCAGCUCAUCAGCUUCAUCUUCUACCAGCAACAACAGCUGUUCAGGUAAUAGCUCACCAAUCUUGGGAAAACAUUCAAGGGAUGCAAAUUCACAAGUUGAAGACACAAUGGAACAGAAUCUUUGGGUACCUAAGACACUGAGAAUUGAUGACCCAGAAGAGGCUGCAAAGAGUUCCAUAUGGUCUACGUUGGGUAUUAGGCCUGAUAAGGACAAGCCCAUCAUCAAAGGUGGUAUAUUUAAAGCUUUCCAAUCCAAAUCAGACGCCACUUCCCAUACAUCAGAUACUGAUCAGGUUUUACAAGCAAAUCCAGCAGCUUUUUCUCGCUCCCAAUCUUUCCGAGAAAGUACUUAAAAAUUGUGGAGUUUUAAAAUGUAGAAAUUAUCUUUAUGUUUUGGUGGUCAUUAAAAGUACCAAGGAGACCUGUGUUGUAUUAUGAAGUGCACAGGGCAUGCUGUCAUUUUUGAGUAUGUUAUGGCUACAUCAUGAGUUAACAUUGUUUUAGAAGAUUGCAGUCGCCCUGGAGGCCCUCUUACUUGUGUAAUCUUGAUAACCAGUUCGAUAUAGAUGUGGGAAGAUCUAUUUGGGAAGUAAGUAGCCCCUUUUGGUCAUUUCUUGAUAUUCAAUAAACACUUGCUUCCUCUUGUCUAGUAGGCAAAGAUCUAACUCUCCAGUAAAGUAGUUGGAGAGAAUUUCAGCUAUUUGUUGGGCUUUGUCAUAGAUAAAGGGCAUUUACAUCACUUCUAACAUUCAAUACUUGUGACUUUUGCUUGAGUUUUGACACUAUAAUUGGUGGUGAAGGCCAAUUGUUCGAAUCUUACGACUUCAAGUUAUAGAUUGAAUGAUAUAUGCAUCUGAUGUGUAAUUCCUUGAAAGAAGAGAAUUAUCAGAGUUCAAGGUCCUCAUUUUGAGGAGAACUCUAACUCAAAUUUCCAAGGUAUGGUUUUCUGAAUCCAUAGCAAUAAACAUCAAGGCACUAGGUCUUCUUUGCCUUUUU